AACUUUUUGUUUACAUAUCGAAAGUGACAGCAUCUGUGACAUCUGUGCAUGUCAAUAGUGAGUGCCGUCGUUGACCAUUUUUUUGUGGUGAUCCUUCUGGAGUGAGGAAUUCAGUGAGCCAUAUGGGCUAAAAGUGCCAAGUGAAAGGAUUUAUCAUACACACACACCACGAAGUACUACGCGACGAGUCGCCGGUUGGAGGGGAUAGACGAAACGAUGCCAGCGCGCGGAGUGGCGAGUAGUGAGUUUAGCGGCCGUAUAUUUGGCAUAGGAGUUUGUAUGUGAUUAGCACGUUACAAUGGGAUUUAUAGCUUGUUGUCUCGUUAAUUGUAAAAAUAAUCACAAAACUGAGAACUGCAAAUUUUUUAAAUUUCAAAGAGCAGCACAUGCUGUACGUCAAAGAAAGAAAUGGAUAAAUGCAGUGAGAAGAAAAAAAAAAUAUUGAGUGUCGCAUUAACUUUAAAAGAUGGCUCACCAUGGUCUCCCAAACGUCAUGAUGUGAUAUGCAAUCAUCACUUUGUUGAUCAGAAAAAGUCAAACAAUCCAUCAAAUCCAAGUUAUGCACCCACAAUUUUUCCUAAAAUAUAUCAUGCGUCAGCAAUAAACGAGAAGUCGCUUAUAAAAAGGUUUGAGAGGCUUGUGCAUCGAAGAAAUAAUGCUGACAGGGAUUUCAAUUUGAAUUGUGCUACUGAAAAGCAAGUUGAUGAUAUCUCUAACACUGAUGUAUUUAACCAAACUGAAUCUAUGGAAAUAGACAUAGAAAACAUUGCUGUGAAAGAAAUUGAGAAAUGCGACCAAGGAUGUCAAGUAGAUUUUUUGAGUUCUGAUACUGAACAAACGUCAACCUUUAUUUGCAACAGGUAUAUUUAUGGUACAAAAUACUGUGAUGCUGAAGUUCAAACUGAAUUAGCAGAAGCUCCAGUUCUGAUAACCAUUAAAAAUAGAAUAAAAAUGAAAGAUGUAGGAUAUCAGUGUGGUCCAUCGUUAGCUAAUCUUGUAGAUAAGUCAGUUGGCUCUAACGAGGCUACAAUAGCUGCAGCACAUAACAAGAAGGAGCGUCAUUUUUCUGGUGUUUCUUCCAUUAAAAAUGAUGAAGGUUUACUGUCUCUUGCUGGAGUAAAUUUUACAACCUUUCGUUUUCUGUUGACAAAAACAGAUGAGCCACCAUCAGGAUCUGAGAUAACAAAACAACAAAGGCUUCUAAUUUUUCUAGUGAAAAUGAAAACUGGAUUAACUUUCACAGCCAUUGGGAUCUUUUUCAGUCUACAUAGGACAACUAUAUCCACAAUAUUUUUUUCAACUCUGGAAUACUUGAGUUCGUCAGCUCAAAAUAUAGUAUUUUGGCCAACUAGAGCUGCUGUACAGAAAACGAUGCCUGCCUGUUUCAAACCUGACUACUCAAAUACUCGUCUUAUUAUAUGGUAGACUGCACAGAGUUGAAAAUCAAAAUUCCAUCAAAGGUCGACGACCGUAUUUUCUGUUAUUCUCAUUAUAAACAUGGAUUUACAGCAAAAGUACUCAUUGGGAUCACGCCAUCUGGUUUUAUUAGUUUCAAAUCAAAAGUC